UAAAAAAAAAAAAAACGGACGUCCCAACAUCCCUUCACAUUUCGCUUGCUUGCUCUCCGUCAAAACCGCAACCAGCCGUCGUGACAGAAAGGUAAAAAAUAAAAACUUCCGAAUCAACAGUGGCUUCCUUCUUCUCCACCUCGCUGCUUCCUUGUGUGGAGAAUGUUUUGCAUCGCAGGCUGAUUCGAUUUCUCAGAAGCUCGACUGCUGGAAAGAGUGAAGACGAAGGAGAUCCCAUGAUGGAAUCCGCUAUCGAUAUUAGUUCAGGUAGUAGCAGCGAUGAAGAGGUAUCAGUAGAGCCCAUUAGGGAAGAAGUUAAAACCAGGAAGAAUCCCCCUUGGCUAGAUGGCAGCACUAGUUUUCCUCAAAAGGUUUCCUCUGCUGCUAAUACUCAACCUAAAGCCAGACCUCCAAAUCCUGCUUCUCGCUAUGGUGCCUCUAGUUAUGUAUCUCGCCCAAGAGACUGCUCUACAGGGAAUGACAAGAGCAUUGUUAACUCGAGGACUUCCAGUGUUCCUUCUGGUGUAGAUUAUGAGAAGAAGCCGCCACCUUCUCAACAACCUCUGAAAAGAACCCUUCCACCAUCUUUUAAUACGGCUCCUAUUCCUCCAAGAAGUGCUACUAACAGUAUAAGCCAUGGCAACGUGGGUCGCUUUGGUGCGGACUAUAGUACUAGUUCUGCUGUACGCAACAAGAGUGCGUUUGGUGAUCGUCACCGUGGAGCUCAUUCUGAGAUAGGAAUUCAUCGUGGCAUGAAUGGGGUUAGGAUCCUUCCUCCAUCUAUGACCCUUGGAACAUCUGCAUCCUCUCCGUUACAUUAUGGUGGCCCAAGCGAUCCAAUGCACAGGGUUGGCGUUGGUGAAGACAUGAAUUCUGAAAACGACGAGAGGUUGAUCUAUCAGGCUGCGCUACAGGAUUUGAAUCAACCCAAGACCGAGAUUGAUCUACCUCCUGGUAUUCUUUCAGUUCCUCUUAUGAGGCAUCAGAAAAUUGCAUUGGCGUGGAUGUUUCAGAAGGAAACAACUAGUUUGCACUGUUCGGGAGGGAUAUUAGCAGAUGAUCAGGGACUUGGUAAGACAGUUUCGAUGAUUGCUCUUAUCCUGAAGCAAAAGUUUGAGUCACAAUUGAAGUCUGAAAUCUCAACCAAGGGAGAAGCUGAAAUAUUGGACCUGGAUGCUGAUGAUGAGUUAGAAAAUGCAAAGCAUGAAAGUAAAAGUCAUGCAAAACCAGAGCUCAAUUCAAGGAACAGUGAGACCACGGUUCUGUCUAUUAAGGAAGAAGCUGAAAUAUUGGAUCUGGAUGCUGAUGAUGAGUCAGAAAAUGCAAAACAUGAGAGUGAAAGUCGCGCAAAAACAGAGCUCAAGGUUUUAACCAACAGUGAGACCACGGUUCUGAGUGUUGGUGAUAGUGAUGAGAAUGACAGUUCAGAUACGGAGAAAGUCAAAGAUGAAGAAGCGAGUACUUCAGUAAGGGAGUUUAAAAGAAAGAGACCAGCUGCUGGUACAUUAGUUGUUUGUCCAGCGAGUCUUGUGAGGCAAUGGGCAAGAGAGCUUGAUGAGAAGGUUUCUGAUGAAUCUAAACUUUCUGUUUUAGUCUACCAUGGUGGUAAUAGGACCAAAGAUCCUGUGGAGUUAGCAAAAUAUGAUGUGGUUGUCACAACUUACGCCAUUGUUACCAAUGAAGCUCCCAAACAGUCCUUGUUGGACGAUGAUGAGAACGAUGAAGACAAUAACCAAAAACAUGGCAACAAGAAGAAACGUAAGGUUGCAAUGAAGGCCAGCAAGAAGAGUAAGAAAAGAGGUAGAAAAAGCAUGGACGGUUCAUCUUUUGACUCUGAUUGUGGUACAUUAUCAAGAGUUGGGUGGCUCAGAGUAGUACUAGAUGAAGCUCAGACAAUUAAAAAUCAUACAACACAGGUGGCAAGAGCCUGUUGCACUCUUCGAGCCAAGAGGAGGUGGUGUUUGUCUGGAACGCCAAUUCAAAAUACGAUUGAUGAUCUAUACAGCUAUUUCAGGUUCCUUAGAUAUAAUCCGUAUGCCGUGUACAAGUCAUUUUACCAUACAAUCAAGGUUCCGAUUUCCAAAAGUUCUCUUCAUGGUUACAAGAAGCUUCAAGCUGUUCUAAAGGCUAUAAUGCUGCGCCGUACCAAAGGAACAUUGCUUGAUGGGAAACCCAUUAUUAAUCUACCUCCAAAGAAAAUUAGUUUGAGCAAAGUGGACUUUUCAGUGGAGGAGCGCUCUUUCUACAAGAAGCUUGAAGCAGAUUCACGAUCACAAUUCAAGGCUUAUGCUGCUGCAGGAACUUUGGGCCAAAACUACGGAAAUAUUCUUCUGAUGCUUUUGCGUCUACGCCAAGCGUGUGACCACCCACAACUUGUUAACGGAUAUAACUCAGAUCCUCUUGGCAAAGAAUCAGAAGAAGCGGUCGAAAGACUCCCGAGGGAGGCUCGAAUCAACUUGCUCAAUCGUUUAGAGUCAUCAUCCGCCAUCUGCAAUAUAUGUGAUGAUCCACCGGAAAACCCUGUUGUUACGAUGUGUGGGCAUGUAUUUUGCUAUCAGUGUGUUUCAGAACAUAUCACUGGGGAUGAGAACGUGUGCCCUGUACGGAGAUGCAGAGAAGACAUUGGGCGUGAUGUUGUUUUCUCUGAAUCUUCCCUUAGAAAAUGCAUCACCAAUGAUACAGGAUGUAGUUCUUCACAGGAUAGAUCAGCUCUUCGAAAAAGCGAGUUUAGUUCAUCAAAAAUUAAGGCUGUCCUAGAUAUUCUGAAAUCGCUUUCCGAACAUGGUCAAAUGCCUUCUUCUUCCUCACAGCCACAUGAUGAUGACGAUGUUACCAUUAUAGAGCCGACGACUCUUAACUCAUCUUCACUUAGCGAGGGGGCAAUAAAGACGAUAGUGUUCUCUCAGUGGACGGGUAUGCUUGACUUGGUUGAGCUGAGUUUUAUUGAAAAUGGUAUUGAAUUCAGAAGAUUAGAUGGAACAAUGAGUCUAGCAGCAAGAGACAGGGCUGUAAAAGAAUUCAGCAAUGAUCCAGAUGUAGAGGUGAUGCUGAUGUCGCUAAAAGCUGGAAACCUUGGGUUGAAUAUGGUAGCUGCAUGUCAUGUUAUUCUUCUGGAUCUUUGGUGGAAUCCAACAACCGAAGAUCAAGCUAUUGAUCGUGCACAUCGUAUUGGUCAAACUCGGCCAGUUAGUGUAACUCGCAUCACUAUAAAAGGCACCGUGGAGGAUAGAAUUUUGUUACUUCAGGAAGAGAAAAGGAAGAUUGUUGCAUCUGCGUAUGGUGAAGAGCAUGGUGGAAGCUCUGCCACUCGACUGACAGUUGACGAUCUCAAGUAUCUUUUUAUGGUGUAGACCACGCAUUGUAUGCUCUACGCUUAGCUUUCGAAUCGCUGCUUGAGUUAGGUUGCAUAGUAUUUAUUAUGGGAGAUUAUGCACAGAGCUUUUUUGGGCAGGAAGAAACCCCUCUACCUGCAUAUGUAAUUUAACUGUGUCUCUCCUAGGAUUUGGGGUUUGGUUUUGUGAGGGUUUGAAGCCAGUCUAGGUUUUUUAUGUUUCGGAGUUGCAUCGAUUGGAAGUAUGCCAUAUGUAAAUAACUAAAUCGUCUCAUGGUUUGUAUAAGAGUUUAACGGUGAAUCUUAAGGAUCUCCUGCUGUAUAUUUGAUACCUUCGAGCAGCUUAUCUUAUCAUGACAGUUAUGUAUU